AUGCCUCCUCCUGUCCAAUCCGCCUACAAGCGCAUCAAGGCCCCCAAGCUGGGCGAAAAUGGCUACUCUGGUUUGCAGCCUGGAAAGACCGAAGUCCUACCGAUCGGGUGGAAUGGAUUCAAUGCCAAACCCUUGAAGAGCCCAAUCCGCAUUGACCACGACGUCGAGAUCGUCGUGCGCGACGGCUGUCGCCUUUACGCGGACAUCUAUCGACCAGCCGACCAGACUGGGAAGAUUCCAGCGGUGCUGAGUUGGUCCUUUUACGGCAAGAAGUAUAGUGCUCUCGAUAUGCUCCCCAUGUGUACGUGGAACUGCUGCGUUCCGCGUUCUGAUCUCAGUGGACUUGAGAAGUUCGAGGGAUUGGAUCCUCAGACUUGGUGUCCCCUGGGCUAUGCUAUCGUCAGCAUUGACACCCGUGGCGCGGGUAAUAGCGAUGGGCUCAUCAAUGUUAUGGGGUCCCAAGACGCUGAAGAUGGAUACGACGUCGUGGAAGCGCUCGCAGCCAUGGACUGGUGCAAUGGAUCUAUCGGAAUGGCAGGCAAUUCGGCCCUGGCGAUCUCGCAAUGGUUCAUCGCCUCGCAGCAGCCCCCGUCGCUAAAGGCUAUCGCGCCAUGGGAAGGGUCCGGUGACAUCUAUCGCGAACAGUUCUGUCGUGGUGGCUGGUUCUCGAUGAGCAAUUUCGACCUGAUCACGAACGAGAUCGUCCGUGGACCAGACAGCUCGGGGAUAGAGGACUUUGAAGAAAUGUACCGUCGGUCACCCGUGUCGAGCGCCUUUUGGGAGGACAAGCGAGCCGACAUCUCGAAGGUGCAGUGCCCGGUGUACAUUCGUGGAUCGGAUGUCAGCUCCAUCCACACGAUGGGAUCGGUUCGCGCCUGGUUGGAGCUGCCGCAUGAUCAGAAAUGGAUCCGCUGGGGCAGCAAGCAGGAGUGGUACGAACUGUACUCUUGCCCUGAUUCGAAUGACGAGCUCGUCUUGUUCUUCGACCGUUAUCUGAAGGGGGCUCAGAACGAUUGGGAAAAGACUCCCAAGGUCCGAUGGUCCGCGCUCCAGUUUGGCGAUCGCGAGGCCAUCGACGAUGUUGUCCUCGAGGACUUCCCUGUUCCUAGCACGGAGUACCGAGAGCUCUUCCUUUCGAAGGACCAACUCAGCGCGAACGCAGCUCUUGAGAAACAUACCGUGUCCUACAAUUCCGAACAAUCCUCCAGCUUUGCUGAGUUCUCCUACACCUUUGAAAAGUCCUCAAGACUUAUUGGUCUACCCAAGGCUGUCCUCUACAUGUCCUGUCAGGAUAGAGACGAUUUCGUCGUAUUUGUCAUUCUGCGCAAGAAAGACAAAGACGGGAAGGCUCUGAUGCACUUGAACUUUCCCAUCCAUGCGACCCCGGUCAAUGCGAUCGAUGAGAUUCCGAAAUCCGACCAAGCGAGUCUGAACCUGCACCUUGGAUCGAUGGGUGUUCUGAGAGCGUCUCACAGGGCGUUUGAUGAGUCCAAGAGCAUUCAUCCGCAGUUCCCAUUCCACCCGCACACAAAGCAAGAGAAGGUGGAGCCCGGGAGUAUUGUGAAAUUGGAGAUUGGCAUCUGGGCCAUGGGAGUGGAUUUCGACGCUGGUGAAUCGAUAAGUCUGCGGGUGUCCGGGCAGUUCCCCAGUAUUGCGGAGUACAAGACGUGGUCGAAGCCACGACCCGAUCAUGAGUUGAAUAAGGGGACGCAUGUCAUUCACUGUGGUGGAGAGUAUCCCAGCUCCUUGAUCUUGCCAUUUACUUAA